AUGGAUGCCAGCGUCAGCUUGGCACAAUUCGCCGAGGACACAACACAGGCAUCCAAAGAGCAGCCGACGCAAAAAGAAAUCCGAUGUCGCAGACUUGUAGCAGAGAACAUGAAUCCCAGUGCUCGUUAUGUUGGCAACACACCAAAGGAGGAGUUGCUUUUAGAACACGUUCGCGAGUUUGAAGACCAGUUCGUGAAUGUAUAUGGCAACCGCUUUCUUUUCCUCUGCCCACCAAACGAGUACGGCGUUCCCAAGUUUUUGCCAACUACUUUGCGCCCUACGCACCUCCCUUACCAGGAGCUCUACGAGUACAAGUCGUGCGCAAAAUUCUUGGCGGACUUUUUCAAUUAUGAUGAGCUCCACCCAGCCGACAGAUAUCCCACGGUGGUUCCUGCGCCUGCAUCCGUGUUGAAUUGGCAGGCUGGGGAUUGUUUUGACCUCUCAAUUGCCCUGGCCUCGUUGCUCAUUGGCGUUGGCUAUGAUGCGUACUGCGUCAGUGGGUUCGCACCAAGGUUUAUCACAACACGCAAUGAAGCCCGCAGCGCAUGCCCACAGCUAGACGCAGAUAUCGAAGAGACCAAAGAGGAAGACAAGCAGGAGGAGGAUGAGUUCGUCAUUCCUAAAAAGCCGCCGCUGAGGUCAGAGUACAAGGAGGCAAAGGCUAGGGCAGAAGAGGCUGAUCGCUUGCGCCUCCAAGAGGAAGAGAUGAAGUCUGAUUCAGAGGAUGACCCUUCCAGUGACGAAGAUGAGUUCGAAAACCGACGCAUCCACUGCUGGGUUUUGGUACGAAAAGGAUCGCGCGAGGUUGCUGAAGACAUGUACCUCGAGCCAACCACGGGCCGCAUCUACUCUGUCAAGCGCUGCCCAUACCUCAAGAUUGAUCUGAUCUGGAACCACAGAAACCUCUGGGUCAACAUGCAGGUAUGUGGAGCCUCGCAUGUUCAGCUAGACCUGUACAACUCCCGCUACUUUGAGUACGUUAUGCUUGAUGCAGACAAUCUCAGUGGCGAUCUGGGGAGCGGUGGACGCUACGAGGGUGAUGACACAGGUCCAACAGCAGUGCCGUCAGCUGGCAACAUGGACUCUGACGAGAGUCGCCGUGCGGAGCAAACAGCACAGAUCCUUGACCUGCCAUCACCUUGGAGUGAGCGGCCGGACAUCCCCCGUGAGAAGUUCCAUGCGCGCUGCUACCAGGGGGAGAAGACCAUUUUCUACCACAAGUGCAAGGUGGAGCAGUACGCCCCGUACACACAAGAUGAUGGCCUGGUGCAAAGAAUAACCUUGUACAAGGACGUUCGCCGGCAGAUUCCACUGGAGAUUCGAGAGCGAUUCAAGCACCGCAAGGACAAGCUCUUUGAGCGGAAGCGCCGGCCCAUGCAGAACGAGACGCUGGAACGUUUCCUUCCUGGCCGGCCUUCCACAUCAGCUGCCAAUGCGGGUGGUGCCCUGAAGGAGUACAGGGAGAUCAGUGCCCUGAGCCGUGAGCUGAUUUUCUACAAGUCUCGUCUGGAUGGCCUUGUCCGCUCAGUCGAGAUCAUUGGCAGGAAGAUGUUCGAGUACUUUGAGGACCGAGAUGACCGACUGAUCUAUCAUUCAGUCACCCUGGACCCGACAGCCAUGACCAGCGGUACUUUGCGCGGUGGGCCAAAGAGCAAGGACACCUAUCCUGUCGAUUCCGUCGGCGAAGUGCCCAUAAAGAAGAUGACGCAGAAAUACGCACGCAAUCCAGAGGUGCCUGCUGAAGAGGACAUCGCAAAAAUCAGCUUCUACUUGUCCGAGCAGACCUCAUCAUCCAUUUAUUCAUCGACUGGCAAGAUCCGGGUGGACUACCAUCGCGAACCUGGUUCGUUGACUUUUCGGCAAGUCAUGUACCACUACGAAGAUGGCAACCUCCGGCGGCGACCCUCUAGCUUGCCGCAGCCAACCCAGGUGCAAGUCCACAAGCUACUGCAGAUGCAGUCCAGCUGUAGGGACACCAUCAUGGCUUCACAUACCAGCAUACAGCAGGAGCUCACAACGCGCCGGAAGGAUGAAAUCAGCAUCCGCGGAAUGCGGUCUGUUUCUGCGGGCAAGAAGCGAGAUCUGACAAUUCCAGGCAGCCGUGAUGAUGUGCUGGAGCCGUCCGUUUAUGAUUUGGCUCGCGAGAGUGCUCGUGUGGAAGGAACCAGGGAAGGUGCUGAGGAGGAAAAGCAGGAAGAGCAAACUUCCAAGGUGGACAUCCUCGCUCCGUACCUGGUGGACUUCAUCAACAAGGAGACGGGCCUUGUCCAGCUGGAUUCGCUUCAGGCAGAGCUAGUGGCCAAGAAGUGCACCACAGACUUCCGAAAGCGCCUCACAGACAGGGCAGAGAUCAUCCAGCGUCGGUUGGAGGAGGAGCAAGAGCUUCUCCGAAAGCGGCGUGCGCAGAUGCAGCGUCGGGGGGACAGCGUGGAGAGGGACGAGCGCGAUUUCGAGCAGUACCAGAACCAAGCCAUGUUUCGGACGCAGAUUCUGGAGCAGCGACUUGCGCGACAUGAGAUGCAAGCCAUCGAGAAAUUCCAGGACCUGGAGAGGAUGCUCCAAGAGGAUCCUCGUCUCGCAGCGAUGUGGCAAAAGGAGCCAGCGGCAGUCAAGGGCUGA